AUAAGGAACAGCGUGAACUCUAUGAAGCAGCAAAAAUUAUCCAAAAAGCAUAUCGAUCUUAUAAAGGACGCAAACGGCAAGAAGAACAAGAGAAAGAAAAAGCUGCUGCAACUCUCAUUCAGACAUAUUACAGGCGAUACAAACAGUAUAUGUAUUAUAAGCAAAUGACCAAGGCUGCCCAGUUGAUCCAGAGCCAAUUUCGCAAUUAUUGCGAACACAAGCGAUUUAAGAAAUGGAAAGAAAGCGAUGCUGACUGUAUUUCUCCAGCACUUGGCAGCUCUCCGAGUCCCUCUGCUGCAAGUUUACAAUCUCUGUACUGGACUCUGGCUGAGUCUGAGCGUAGGCUGAGUUCGAGUAGGGAAGGCACUCCGACAUCUUCCUCCACUUUAAAGAGAACAUAUUCUCAAAGGAGGCAACACCAGGCAGCUAGAAAAAUACAGCAGUUUCUGAGACAGUCCAAAAAUAAUAUGUGGGAUUACUUUCAAGGCAAAGUGAUUACAGAGAGAACGUGCACUAGCUGCCGAAAGAGAGAAGCUACCGGGGGAAGCUCAGAGUCUGCCGCCUCUGCGCCUAAAAUACCAGGAACAGCCUUCUGACAAAAAGCUCCCUACUGAUGUUAAGAAUGCUAAGUGUGAUAAAGAAAAUACAUGAGAAGUUCUUGUUUUUCUUUAAUGUGUAGUGUUCAUAUGGAAGAAAGAUUUUGAUUGUGAAUUUCAGAAUGUUCAGCACUGCCGAUAGCUUUCAAGUGCAGUGAAUAUUUCCAUUUCUGAAAUAUAAGCUGGCUGAGAAGAGCUCUUGUAAAGCAAACUGUGAAAUCAUCAUCCGUAAAAGGUGUCAAAAUUUAUUUUAAUUGGAGAAGAAACUAAAUUCUGCACUUGUCAUUUAUUCAUUGUUGUGAUAAUUGGUAAUUCAAACGAUUAAAGGAUGUGUAUUGAAAUCAUAAUUUAUAACCGGUGCAAGCUAUAUAAUCUUUUCUCUUACUAUAUGUACAUAUGUGUUUACUAUUCUCAAACAUUACUGUUUUCAGAAUUGUGUUGUAUUUGUAUUCAUGAUAUUCUAAUAUUUUUUCCUGAGUACUCAUUUUUUAUAUAUUCAUUAUUAUAUAUUAAAAAUAUGUUGUGCUGUGAUAUUUCUAAUCAGAUUAUUGUAUUAUUUUUAUGUGUUCCCAUCUAAUUCUUAAACAGUAUGACAGAAAUAAAGAAUCUCAUACUAUAUAUUCUACGCUGCAUAUUAAGUUUGAUGCAUUGAAUUGUAUUAAAAUACUGUUUAUGAAUUAGUAUUGUUUGCUAAAGCAUAUACUUAAAAGAAACUUAACUAGUCUGUUAUUAUUCAUGCUUACUUUUUAUGUUUUAUUAGUCCACUUUGAAAAAAUUUCUGAUUCUAUUAUUAUUAAAUUAAGAAUUCUAUCCAGUGUAAAUAGUUGUUGAUUGUUCACAGUUUAUAUUUUGCUAGAAUAAUAUUUGGUCUAAUGCUAGUUGAGGCUGUUCUUGAAUGUUCUAAAUGUUUAGUUUUGUCAGGGUGAUGUUACACUUGUGCAAUACUAAAGAAUAUCAAGUGAUCCUCAACUGUUUCAUUUUGGUGAGCGUACAACUUUUGAAAAAAAAAAUUGUUUGUUUAGCGUGUAUUUUAUUCAUCUUUAUUAAAUCUUCUGAGAAUGAAUAUUUUUUUAUAAAAUUAGGAUGAUAUCGCCAAAUCUCUCUCAUGCAAUUUUCUUUAGAUUUUAUGAAUGGCAGUAUCCUGGAACAUAAUUAUUGGGAUGCAAUUUUUCCACUCACAAAAAAAGAAUAAAUUUUUUAUUGAGCAUUGGCAAUUAUUUAUUUAAAAUUUUUUUAUGUUCCUGCAUACUGUCAUUCAUUCGACACAAUUGUCAUGAUUUUCUGUUUUUGAUCAUUUUUUUGCAAACAUUUAUAAGUGAUUAUUGAUAUUUUCUAAAAAUAUUUUAUAUUUUUUAUUACUAUAUUGAUUUUUUUUUUAUUUUAUUGAUUCAUUUCCUAAAAUAAAACUGUUCAAGUAUAAAUUCAUUAUUCUUGAUUUAAUCAUAAAAUAUGCUAAAAUGUUAAAUUUUUUUUAUUAAAAUUUAAAAAAAUUGUACAAAUAUAUUGUCGUUUUUUGCAUGUUUCCCAUGCAAUAAAAUGUAUAAUAAAUUAAAAAGUGUAUUCUACUUAAAUUUGGUUAUUAUAAAGUCUCUAAUUGUCCUUUUAUAAUUAAAACUCCAAUAUUAUGUUAUUAUUUUAUUGGUAGUAUUGUAGUUAUAAGGAUUUAUGAUAAAAAUGAUAUAUUUUAAGUAUUAAAUGCUAAAUAUUUUUUUAAAUAUUAUUAUUAAAAUAUUGCUUUGACUAGAUUAAUUGCUUUGUGACUUUCCAUUGAUUUUGCAAUGUUCAUACGAUUAUCGAAACUUUUUCAAAUCAAAAUUUCAUAGAGACAAAUUUUGUUUUAAUUUCUCUUUCAUUAAGAGUUGACAAUACCUUUGUAUAAUUUUUUUAUUAGAAAAUUACUCAGUUUGAAAAAUUGCAUGAAAUGUUGAAUAGAUUUUGGAUUCUUGUUGUAUGAUAAAAUUUAAAACUUUUUAGUGACUUAAAAAAUUGCCAGUGCGCAAUAAGUUAAUGAGCAAAGUAUCGUGUGGGUGGAAACUUUGCUCCCAUUGGAAUUCGACCUUUCUCAAUGUGUCAUUUUGAAUCUUCUCAUUAAUUAAUUUCUGCAACGGGUGGUGAAGUUCACAUAUAAGGAUUCGUGUUCAUCUAUGUAAGGUUCUGUAAAUGUAUGACUUGUCCUCUGGAUCUAUUUUACUCGCAUUUUGCAUCACCUGUAAAAAAAAAAGCCGAGUUCAUCGUCGGCUUGUCUAAAAGAGUUGUGAGACUUUCUGAGUAGAAGUACAAAAGCUUUGAAGCUUUCUAUAGCACUCAAAGAUCAAAAUAAUCAAAAAUGAAAAACUUUAUAGAUUACUGAUAUUUUAUUUCCAUCAUCAUACAUUUAGCCUAGUCCGGAGCAGGCUGCUUAGUAACUAUGUUACUUGCAUAGUAGAUUUGAAACAAUCAAAGUUUACAUCAAUGCGCGUAUUUUGGGUUUGUGCAAUCGGACAGUCUGCUCCUUCAAACGUUUUUAAUUAAUAUAUAUAAAUAAAUAUAUAUAUAUAUAUCCAAGAAAUCGUUUUACAGUUUCUAAUUCGUAUUUUUUUAAUUAUAAACAAUUUUUAGGAGCCGCAUUAAUGUGUCUCAUCUUGAAACGUGAGCUGCCAUACAAUAAAGGGUUUUUUUAGGGCCUGAAAAUUAGCUGUGGCCGACUACCACUCUUAAAAAAAAAGUUUUAGAGUGGCAGCCAACCUAGUAAAAUAAACAAAUAAAUAAAAGACAUGUGCCUAAGCAGAGGUGUUCUGCUCUUGUCAGCAGUCUCCCCUGUAGAGUCUGAAAGGGGAAUAUCACCAUUUCACCUUUUCUGAAUUUUUUAAACUCUAUAAAGCGUAAAGGAAGCAAAAAAUUCAAAAUAGAAAAAAAGGAAGGAUGGUGAAUUCUAUCUUUUUUAAUUAUUCUUGCCAAUUCCUGUUCUUGUACAUAGCUGUUGAUCAUUUGUAAAAUGUUUAUUCUCUUUCGCUACAUAAACCGAAUAUUAACUAUAAUAUAUUCUGCCAUAGCGUUACGAGAAAGAUUUUAGGUGCUUCAUCCUUCAUAGGAAGAAUAAAAAAGUAACUUUUUGACAAAAAAAAAAUUAUAGUACUUACAUGAAAUAUUCACUGAAAUACCAUACUUAAUAUAAAUAUAUAAUAAUAUAGAAAAUACAUUUUUUCAUAAAUGGGAAAUAUAAGGGUUGCUAUGAAAUAUGAAAAAAAAUAAAUAAAUAAAAAGCAAUGGAAAGCCUAAUAGUGAGAAGGGCUCUUCCCAUAUUAGUUAGAACAUCUCAUUAAUAUUGAAUUAUAUAUUUCUUGUAUAGAUAUAGAUCCUUCGUGAUCGGCCUAAGCAGUGCUUAAAAAUAUUUUAAGCCUAUAAUUUUUCUUAAGAUGGAAAAUAUGUUUCAUAUAUCAGAAGCAUUUAUUUAUAAGAAGGGGCUAUAUCUGUGUUUGUGUGCGCAUUGUGGAUCUAAAAUUGCUUAGGCUGAUCAGACGAUUAUAGGGAUAUUUUGAAACUCUUCCCUCUAUAACACCUGCAUUUAUUCAUCACUCUCAUACUUGCACAUUAUCCUAAAUCAUCUCAUAAUUGAUUUAAAUUCAUCUAAAGAGUAACUUUUGAAAAAGAAUUUAGAAUUCUCUAAGUGAUUUAUUGUCAUUAAAAAGAAAACCCAGACAAAUCAUACCUAAUGAUCUCUUAAUGUGUGCUUAGAAAUUUCAUAUUUUUUAUCUCAACCAUAUUUUCUUAAGAGCUUUGUGUUCUGUAUUUCCCUACCAACUUUUUUUUCAUGUGAUCUCUUUCGAUUUCUUUUCUAUUUAUUUAAAUUUAACACUAAUGUUAAAGAGUAUCUUGUAAAGGUUUAAUAUAAAUAAGUAGUGGCAUUGAUGCUGAUGCUUCUGAUUUUGCCGAUGAAAAAAAAACAUUUGGUUUAAAUUUAUUUAACUUUUAUUAUAAUAACAAAUUAUUUUAAGUUGAUAGCAUUGAGAAAAAUUUUUAAAUAAUUUUGUUUAUUCUAAUUGCUUUUUUAUUAAUUUAAGCAGUUUAAAUUUUAUUGUAUUUUUCUUUUUACAGGAACAUUUAUAAUUAGCUUAAAGUGUUUUUCUGAGGAAAAUAUUUGCCUUAUAAAUUUUUUAUUCUUUUAAAGGAAGGUAAAAUAUUAAAAGUCUUAAGAAGAAAAUAAACAUUGUAAAAGCCCAUUGAAGCAAAUACGUCACAAUGAGAAUUGUUAGGCAACAUCUUAGGAGAUAACAUUAAAAAUUUUUAAACUAUUAGUUUUUUUUUUUUUUAAAUUCAAAAUUAUGAAAAUAAUGCCAGCAAGAAUUGCUGGUAAACACAUUUUUUGUUUGUUUUUACUUUCUUAGUCUGACAAACAACUGUAAAAAAAAAGGAUAAUAACAAGACUGAAACAUAAAUUUGUCAUUUUUACGUGUUUCUAAAUUAUUUGGCUUAAAAAAUGUGCCUUUUGACUAUGAAAUAAAUUUAAACAUGUGGAAUAUUGUGUUUGAAGUACAAUAACAGAAAUCAACUGCAUAAAAUUUAGUGUAAAGGCACCUGUUCUAGAUUGUAUUUUAAUAAAAUUUCAUUAAAUCUUAUGUGUAUUUAAUUUUAAACUUUUCCUACUGACUUUUUAGCAUUAAAAAUUAGCAUUUGCUUCUAACAAGAUAUUCAUUCUAAUGGCAACUUUUGUUGCUACUGUGCCCUUUUGUUGCUCUUCUGACUACCAUGCAUUCUUGUUGAAGUGAUAACUUUUCUUAUUACAAUGCUUUCUUGUUGAAAUGAUAACUUUUCUUGCUACAAUGCAUUCUCGUUAAAAUGGGCUUUUACUGUACUUAAAAUACUUAUUUUUAGAUGAGAAAAAAAAUUCGAGUAAAGUUUAAAAAAAAUGUCUUGUAACACUUUUCCAAUGGAGAAAUCGUUAUUAAUUUGAAGGUAAAUAACAAUGAUAAUAUUUUAGGCUGAAAAAUAAUAAUGCUUUAAUGUUUUCGGCUGAAAAAUAAUAAGGCUAAAAUUAUUUUCAGCUUUCAGAAGCUAGCAACUAUGCUACUGUAAGUCCUGCCAAAGAAGUGUUAAGUACUAAUUUACUAUUCCCUGUUAUUCAUAUACUUAGUUAUAUUAUUUUAUUUAGAGAUUAAUUUUUCCUUAAUUUUGAAUUACUAUUAUGUCCACAUUUGGCAUUAAAGACAAUUCAUGACUGCGCCAGUUUUUCUUUACUUAUUUUUCUGUAUUUUCCCUUAAGCCUUGUGCACUUAGCUAUCUUGAAGCAAUGUUGUCUUUGGCGAAAUUUUGCCUGUUUAUAAUGUGGCAUGCUCAAACUAUUUCAAUGUUGUAUCUUUCAUAUUGUUUAGAAGAAAUUUGUAAUGGUGUCAUAGCAUAAAUGUGUUCUAUGAAGUACUUUUUAUCAUUUUAUUAAAAUGUUUAUUCAUCUAUCAAACUGUGUAUUGUGUAGUAUAGACAUAAUUUAUAUUUGUGUUUUAAUUUUACACGUUUCAUCUUAAUAUGAGUGCCGUCUUUUAAUGCAAAUGCUAACAACUUGUAAUAUAGUUCCUUUUUGCUGUUUACAAGUUUCAAUUUAUCCUGGUGUAUAUACAGAUCUAACGUUUAUUCCCUGUAAUUUUUCUUUUAUUAUAUUUUUUCCCUUUUUCAAGUGUGUUUCAUUAUUUUAUAUUUUUUCACUGUCUUUCAUUUUGACUAAACUUUUAGAAUUCCCUUAAAUUUUGAAUGAAACACAAUGUUUGGUUUGAAGUUGAGUUUUUGGAUUUCUUAUUUUAUUUUAUGUGGCUACUGAUAUUUAAUUUGCUUCCUUUUUUAUACUCUAAAUUUAUAUUAAUACAUUGAGAUGCAGAUUUAUAUUUAAAUAUCUUAGCAAGUUGAAAUGAUUUAUUUUCCAUUUUUAAAAAAUUGGCUGUCAAAUACAAAUCUAAUCAAUCAUCCAUUAAUAAGAUGUUUUAUAUUUUGCAGUCAAUGUUUUAAAAAAAAAAUUCAUGGCUAUUAAAGCUAAGAUAUUUGGUUUCAAAACCAGCUUCAAAAAUGAACAGACAACAGCAACAUGUCUUUAAUCAGAACAAUAUAUCUUUUUUAUUUUUGUGUGUGUGCAUAUUUUUUCAAAAUUCUUUUGUUUUCUGUUUAUAGUAUAAAUGUUUAACUAAUUAGUUAAUUAAACAAUUUAAUUGUUAACAUGAAAUUUAAUAAAAACCAUUUUCGGAUUUUCUUUUAAGUAACAUAUCUUAACUACACAGUUAAGUUAACAAUAUAUGGGUUGUCAAAUUUUUUAUUUACUUGAAAGCUUGAGUAUUUUUGACGUAGAUAAUUAUUUUAAAUCGAUGAUUAUCCUCAUAUUUCCAAACCUUUUUUUUUUCACUAGAUUUAUGUUUAUCGUUCCUUUGAAGUUUAUGCAAAUCUAUUAAGCUGGUUUUGAAACUAAAUUUCUCAAUUGUAGUGUUUGUUGACAGGGAUAAAAUUUUUGAGUUUUAUUUUGUAUUAUCUAAAUGAAGUAAGUAUGUUUGUAUGCAUUUGACAUAUGUGCCUAGCCAUUAUGAAAUAAAUGAUUUAUCAUUA